CGAAACUGAAAUCAGUUUGAAUCAGCAAGUGCUGUGUGUGAACAUGGCUUCCAGGGAGGAGGCCGAGAGUUUAACCGAGGAGGCAAUUUGUCCCAUUUGUCUUGAUUUCUUCACCGAACCGGUUUCACUGGAGUGUGGACACAACUUCUGCCGCUCCUGUGUCACACAAUAUUGGAGAAAGAAGGCGAUAAACUGCUGCCCGGAAUGUAGAGGGAAGCAUCAGAAGAGUGUUUUAAAAGUCAACUGGGCGUUAGCGAGUCUGGCCGAGAAAGCUCGAAAUCUGGUACUAAAUCAGAAAGAGAAGGAAAGCAAACUUUACUGUGAGGAACAUCAGGAAGAACUGAAGCUGCUUUGUGAAACUGACAAGAAAUUAAUCUGCCUGAUUUGUAGAGAUUCGCGGGAACACAAAUCUCACAACUUCCUGCCGAUAGACGAGGCUGCAGAGAUGUACCGGGAUCAAUUGAGUAAAUGCUUAAAAUCGGCUACAGAGAGAAAGGCUUUGGUUCAGGACACCGAACAGGAACAGAAACGGAAGAUUUGCGAAGUUAGGGAACAGUCGAGCAGUCUGCAGACCCACAUCACAUCCGAGUUCACUAAAAUGCACCAGAUUCUCACUGAGAAAGAGCAGCGUUUCCUCAGAGAUCUCAGGGAAGAGGAGAUGAAUAUUUUAUUUCCAAUGAUGAAAAACUUCAAUGCAAUCCAAAAGGAGUUAGAUUGUAUUGAGGGAGAGAUAUUGGAGUUACAGAGACGAAUGGACGAACAAGUUACAGCCAGAUUUCUGCAGGAGGAGCUGCGUCAGGGCAGGAGGCUUGUUCGAAACACUCAGGGACUAUCAUCGGUCAAUGGAAAACUGCCAUUGGGAAUAUUCAAGGCACCUUUGCAGUACAAAAUCUGGAAAGAAAUGAUAGACAGCAUCACCCCAGCUCCAGGCUCUCUGAUUCUGGAUCCGGACACAGCGAAUCCCUGGCUCAUCCUGUCUGAGGACCGGACCAGUGUGAGACUCGGAAGCAAACGUCAGCCGCUCCCUGACACCCCGGAGAGGUUUGAGCACUCACCCUGCGUCCUGGGAACUACCGGGUUUAUAUCAGGAAGGUUGUACUGGGAGGUGGAGGUGGAGGACAAGACGUGGUGGGGUGUCGGCCUGGUCAAAGAGUCCGUUAGCAGGAAGUGGAAAACCAAAGUGACACCUGAGACCGGAUAUUGGUCUGUGUGGCUCUUACCCGUAAGAGGCUUCAUUGCUUACACCUCCCCCUCAUUGACCCCCCUCACCCCGAGUGUGAAUCCCCGGAAGAUUGGGGUUUUCCUGGACUAUGAGGGUGGACAAGUGUCAUUUUACAAUGCGGACAACAUGUCCCAUCUCCACACUUUCACCCACACUUUCACUGAGAAAAUCUUUCCUUACUUCUGUCCGGGAUUGAGCCAUGGCUGGAAAAACUCAAAACCGCUGACUAUCUGUCGACCCUAAGCCCAAAAACUGCGGAAUCCCUGCCCAAAGUGGGAGCCUGAUUCUCUUCACUCCCGCGAAUUCCUGUCGAACUAAUACUUUCAAUUCAAAUUAUGUUGCUAAUCAGGGCGUAACCGCUGUUUCAGCUCCGGAUAACUGGCCGAAAAAGUUCUAAAAUAAAAGCAAAAUACUGCAGGUUGUUGGUAAUCUGAAUAAAUUCUCCGAAUAAAUUCUCUCCCCUCCAAUCACAGUAACUGAUCUUCCAGCACCGAUUUGCUCCGAUGAGAUUCCCACUCGCAGCAAUGGAGCAAUUCACUAUUACCAUGCUACCGUUUCAACAUUUCAGCUAUUUCCCUGCAUUUGCCCGUUAAACUUUAGGCGAUAAAUAAUCCGAUGGCCGCCUUUCAGCGAGACAGGAAUAUCAGGCCAAUGGGUUAACCGUUCAUCCGUUGGUGUUAAUAACUAAGUCAUUUCUAAGCGCAUGUUUCAAAAAAGUGUAUCUUUUAUUUAAAUGAACUAAGCCGAGGAAAAGCCGGCCUCUGAGCUCCCGGGAAUUACUUUAUCACUUUUGUUUCAUUAUUAACUAACGUUAGCAUGUAUUGCCCAUCUCUCGUUCCGCUUAAGCAGCUGGUCCUUGAAUGACUGUAUUCCGGCUGGUGAAACUCCCACAGUGCUGGGAGGUAGUGAUUUCCAGCACUGUUAUCCAGCAACAUACAGGAAGAGUGAUGCACCUCCUAGAGACUCACCUCUUGACUCCCCAAAGGUUGUCCACCAUCUACAAGGCACAAGUCAGGAGUAUGAUGUCAAGCCUUGCCUGGAUGAGUGCAGCUCCUACAACACUCAAGCAGCUUGUCACAGUCC